AACGAUUCAAGGGUCAAGCGGAGCAGCGCAAUCGCUUGAAAACUUGGCCACUUCAUCUUUUAUGACAGCUACUAAUAACGUUGGUGAGUUUGGAUUAGCUAACACUUACUCGAACAGGGGAGCCGCUGAACGAUCACUCUUUACCGCUCUUGACCAACAAAGCACGAAACUUGCAUUCGAUGUUAUGGGAGGUAGCGCAAAUCUUCAAGCGGUAUCCAAGCCUCAGGUAUAUGUAGCUCCUGCUGGUGCCGUUGCUGCUGGUUCGCCAUUUUACGUCGCGCAUUAUCUGGCUUGCAUUAAAUUGCGGGAUAUUUGUGACUACUUCAAGAAAUGCCCAAUGCAGAAAAAUACGCGCGGUUUCAUUUACCUCAACUAUAACAGCUCAUCUACUACUUUGGUUACGACUGGUACUGCGGGUGCUGUCUCAUCUACUACUAUUGCUAGUUUGAGCAACAACAUGAACUUCGGAAACACGUGCCCAGUACUUUGGAACCUGAGCAGUGGUGCAACGACAACGGCUUUGGCGGGUGGUCUUGCACUACCCGCAUCUGCGGUAACUCUAACGGUUACAGCCGACGUUAAUGGUACUCCCACCGCUGGAACUGGCAUCACUCCAUCGCAAUCGUUUUCGCGUCUUCUUGUUCCGACCUACUUGCCUAAUCCAAGCGCUGACCAUGCGUUGGCUCAGAAGAAGACGUUCCGCUACUUCGAGCGAAUUACGAACAAAUUCACUGUUGCGCCAGGCGCUUCCUUCACUUGGACGGUCAGUAAUGGUAUUGCUAACCCAAAGCGUUUGAUCAUG